GUUUGCAGACGUCCAGCGCCGAGUCACGCGAGGGUUAAACGGGGGGAGGCGCGCUUACAUGUAUCUGGGUGGGGAGAAGCUGGAUGUGUAUCGUGAACUUUUUCUUAAUUAGUCAGAGAAAAGUAAAAGUAAAAAAAAACUUGGCGUUUGUUUAUAUCAUAAGGGGACAAAAAUAACGCGUAACCGAGCGGUGCGGACUCGUCACUCGACAAUGGAGGGUGUCACUGAGGAGUCCUUACUGGACUUUAUUUUCACGGCAGGAGGGAAAGUUAAGAAUUCAGAUUUACUGAAAAGAUACAAAGAGUUUAUUAACCACAACGACAAGGACUUUCGCGCAAAAUACAGAGAAGAAUUCAAGACAAUUAUUGACAAGAUUGCAGUUGUGAAGUCAGAAUCUGGUGAGAAGAUCCUGGUCCUGAAGAAGAAAUACAAGCAAAUGAUGGAGCGGGAAGCAGAGCGGACAUCCAGUGGGCAGGGGCAGAGGGGUAGCCCAGGCAGGCCAUCCAGCCCAGGAGGGGAUGAGGCAUCAAGGGCAAUCGAUCAUGGGCAGAACUUGGGAGUUCCUGGUAUGGCGGCAGUGAAGGAUGCUGGAAUAGUGAGCCCCUGCGGUGUAUCCUGGUGUGCAGGCCCAACCAUCACCAUCACGGAAGCACCAGAUUCGCAACCUGUAGAUGAGGAGCAGCACAUAGAGGAGACUCCCUCCCUACCUGGACCUGGCCGAUCCCUGUCCCCACAAGCAGAGGAUUCCCGCAUUCUGGUUCACAGGGAGGACGAGCUUAAUAGAGAAGGCGGGUCAAAGUCGGAGUCGGACCUGGAGCAGGAGCAGGACGAGGAGGGCACUGGCAGCGUGGGAUCAGCUGCGGUGGCUCUGGACCCCCUGGAGAAGGAGUGGAUGUACUCUGCGGCCUGCGGACAGCUGCCGCACCUCACCGAGCUCCUGCGGCAGGACCCCACGCUGGCCUCUAAGAAGGAUUUCACAUCAGGGUUUACCGCGCUACACUGGGCAGCUAAGCACGGAAUGAAGGAGAUGGCGGCCAUGAUGGCCAAUUCCGGGGCCGAUGUCAACACCAAGGCUCACGGUGGGUACACCCCCCUGCACAUAGCUGCCCUACACGGUCAUCAUCACAUCAUGGACCUACUCGUCAUGAGCUAUGGUGCAAAGGAGAAUCUGCGGGACUACAGUGGACGCCUUGCCUAUCACUACCUUAACCCAAGGGAGCCAGGGGAAGAGGACAGCGAACCAGAACUCCAGGUGGCCCAAUCGGGAGAACGUAAGACCCGGCGCCUAGUGACGCUCUUCCACAACAAGAAGAAGUGGGGUUCAGCGGAGGACCUCCCCACGGUGAUCGAGGAGAGGUCGUCCCCGCAUCAGCUAGUGCUACCGCCGUUUCGGCCAAGGAAGUUCUCCCGCUAGGGCCCAGGAUGCAAGUACUCAUGAAAGAGAGUAUGGACGCGCGGGGAAGGGAAUCACAUGAAUUCGGCCUGUUAUAGUACAGCACAGGGCUAGGGUUAGGGUUAGGGUUAGGGGGUUAGGGUUAGGGUUAGGGGGUUAUGGUUAGGGUUAGGGUUAUUCCUAGCAGCACGGCCUUCAGCAGUAUUUAAUGAUUCCUUAAUACACUAAACCCUUUUGUAAUUACAAAUGCAGUAUAUGAAUUCUAUAAAUGAAUACAUGAAUUUCAUGAAAAAAUUCACAGCAGGUUUGCGCAUUAAUAAGUAAAUCUGUGAAAAUGCUGACAACUGUUUCAGUUGUUUAUAACUGAGGUAUUUGAUUCAGUUUUUAUUCAUCUUUAAUUUAAUUCAGAUAAGCUGGGAAAUUCAUUAGCUGUUAAAAUUUUUCUUUAAUGGAAAGAUGUCUGAGCGUUUUGCGGCCUCUUGUGUUCUGCCUUCCGCAUGUGCUUCCAUGCUCAAGCGCAGCCGGUACCAAACUUCUUGCUGCUAAGAACUUUGAAAUGGCUUUAUCUAGUUUGAGUCAGGUGGACUGCGUUAGCUACAGCUCUGCCGCUUCUGUGCUUUUUUGUCAAGGUAUGAAAUCAGUCCUCAGGAUCCUCUGUGUCUGUCUUUUUGGAAAGAGUGAGUUAUUCACAGAAAUUAUUUUAAAUUUGCCUAUGGUAUGUAUAAAUUAGCUUUUUUGAAUGAUUUUGUUUUUGUUUUUUGUUAUAUAUCAAAAACGAAUAACCUGUCUGUCUGCAGUAUGUGAUGUACUUAUGUGGGUCACACUGUUAUAUUACAGGAGCAAGCUUUUUGUGUGCUGAAGGAGGCUAAACGUUCAUCCUAAAGUCAUACAGUACCUAUGUUUCAGUUGCAGUUUUUUUUGUUGGCAUGUCUGGUUUUAUGUAAAGUGUUAUAUAGUUGAAUGUCUGUUGUACAGUUUAUUGGUUUAAAAUAUCUUCUUAAACUUUUAGUUUUGUUUCUGUCAUAUUAAUUAUUUUUACAGUAGCAUCACUCACGGUUAUCACUUUUGAUCCAUGGUAACUUCUACAUUACAGACAAGACAAACAUAAUCUGGCUUAAAUGUGCCUCUGAUUUAGCUUGAUUUUUUUUGGAUGAACUGUUUUCAGAAAAAAACAUGCUUGGACCUUCAUGGAUUUUUUUCAGAAUAUUUUAUAUUUAACAUUUAUGAAUUGGACCUGGACCAGAGUACUAAAUCAGUCUGGUGAUGGACAAAAAAGGACUUAACUUCUAGAAGUUAUCUUUCCUAAAAGUAACAGUAAUAUGGUGGGAUGAGGUGCAUGAUUAAGGCAGAUAAAUGCUGUUUGUGCAAGCUGCUGUUAGUCUUUACUCACAAAAGACGUUUCAGGCAUACUAAUGUGCUGGGAGAAGAUAAGCACCGCAGAAGGACAAGCCUGGAUACAUCUCCCCCAGCUCUGGAAGCUGCUCCAGGGCUCAGUUGUGGGGACUUUUAAUUAAUGAAAUUGGACUUUUUUACGCCCAAGGGUGAUCUAACAAGAUUAGACUUUAUCAGAUUGCCUGGUUUUAAACACCCCCCCCCCCACCCAACACACACCAAAAAGUGAGCAAGGGGGGGCAAGUCUACUUCUUUUCGCAGCAAUAAUCUCAUUUCUUUUCAAACUGCCUUUGAUCCACACAGACUGUUUCACUUUGAGGGAUACAGAAGGAGCAAAUAUGGAAGCCGCUGACCGUCCAUAUGGCUUUAGGCCCUAAUUCCAGAUUAUCUGCAAAGGGGCAUCACUUGUUUUCAGUUUUAGAUAUCAGAAGAAGGGGGGAAGCAGCGGCAAGUGUUUUGUGCUUUAUUUCAAGGGAGACUGGAAGGGAUAAGAGGGGAGUGGCUGUAAUAGAUACUUAUUUUACCACCCUCAAGCUCUCAAACAAAGCCCCCUCUGAAGAGAUUAUAAACCUAGGGAGGCACAUUAACUCUAAUCCAGUGCUUUGAGGCCUAGCCCCCCCUGCCCUACUUACUUCUACCCUUCUGUUGUACUGGAUCCCCUUCUAUCUGGUCCCACUAUGGGGGGAGCCUGUGGCAACACAUUAGGCGGGUGUUGGGGGGGCGGAGACGUUGGUGGGGUUCAAUGGGGAAGCUGGUUAUAAUGAAAAGCAUUGAGAAGCACAAACUGCUGUGUGACUGAUUCUUCUCUCUGAAGAGAUUAGGGUCUACAUUGUUGGUUUGGCUGCUCAUUUCCAUGAAAGCAGAGCCUCCCACCAGCCUUGUUUGGUAUUGUGCAGAGACACAGCACCAAAUGCCUCUGGCUUCCUUGUAGCCAUUGUUUUACAAAUGGCUUGAAAUGUAGAUGUCACGUCACAGAUACCUUACAAGUACAUUAGUUAUUCGCUGCCAGGCCAUACUAACAAAACAAGCAAUAGCCUCAUAAAAUCGUUGAAUGUAAAUUUC